UAAAACAGGAUUUUUUUACGACAGUUAUUUCUUCUGGUCGCUUCCGUCUGUUAGUGGUGCACUGGUAGCAAAGGUUGCUGAUAUGACACUAUAUUUUAUUGAAUGUUUCGUCUAUAAGUAAGCCCGCCUUCCUGGUGUCACGUCCUCGGAGAUGGACCCGGUUGUGCUGAGUUAUCAGGACAGCUUGCUGAGGCGCUCGGACGUUUCCCUGCUGGAAGGCCCCCACUGGCUCAACGACCAGGUCAUCGGCUUUGCCUUCGAGUACUUUGCUGUGGAGCGCUUUAAGAGCCUGGGUGACUCUGUGUGCUUCAUCAGCCCUGAGGUUACCCAGUUCAUCAAGUGCGCGUCAUGCCAGGAAGAGCUGGCUGUCUUCUUAGAGCCACUGAGUCUAAUGUCGCGUCGCUGGGUCUUUCUAGCGGUCAACGAUAACUCCAACCAGGCGGCCGGCGGCUCCCACUGGAGCCUGCUGCUUUACCAGCGUGACUCUGGUCAUUUCUCCCACUACGACUCACAGAGCGGAGGCAAUGCCACACACGCUCGGCGCAUCGCCGCCAAGCUCCAGGCUUUCCUGGGCGCUGGGACUGAAGUGCCCUUCGUGGAAGAGCCGUGUCCCUCGCAGCAGAACAGCUACGACUGCGGCAUGUACGUCAUCUGUAACGCUGAGGCGCUGUGCGAAAGCGCUCGAGUCGGAGGCUGCGCUCGGCUUCCGACGAACACCAUCACGCCCACGUACAUCACCAGGAAGCGGACAGAAUGGCACUCUCUGAUUCGAAGACUCGCAAAGGACUAGAAUGAGAUACAUCCUCACACACGUUGCUAAUAAAUAAAGUUAGUACUUACAGCAAUCAUACUUCAGCUCAACAAGAGUCAGUAGUUGGAGAUUUAAUCAGCAUGCGUUACUAAUUAGAAGACACUCAACUACGCAUGUGCUACGCUAAUUCUCUGACCAUUUAUCAGAGUUUAUUAUCAUUUAUGUAAGGAACAAAACACUUUGAGUUGGGCUGUUAUAGGAAAAUAAUCAACUUUGGGAUGGUAACAGUAACUCCGCUUCACAUUGAGCCGCAUCACACAACCCCAUUGUUGAUUAUUUUCCCAUAACAGCACAUUCUGAAGCGUUUUCUUCCUCUUAUUCCACAGCAAUUUGCCAACGAUUGAAAUUUGUUAUUAAUUAAAGGAUGACAUGUCAUACCUUUUUAUCCAUUUAUAGAUACAAUGUGGAACAUCUGUGAAACAAGUUCCUGUCAUCACUUACAUUAUAGCAGCUUAUACCACAGUGGGGUUGAGUUCUCUGAUCAGAAGCUGUUGAUUAAUUUUCUAUAACAGCGGCUCUGACAGUAGUUCCAGCUGUAACAUAAAAGACAGGUUUAUAAGAAUGCACUCUUUCUGAUACGUUAUUGUUUCCGUAGUAACAGCUAAUAGACCGGGACUUGUACAGUGGACGCUCAACAUAACCUAAGCCAAUAAUAAGCGGAUUUAAAAGAAAAAAAAAAAGUUUAAGAAAUAGGUUUUUGAUCUGGUGACACUUUUUUGUAAGAAGCGCAAGUCUCAGUAAGUCUUCGCUUUCCCGUUUCUCAGUCACAUGACAAGUUGUGUUUUUUUAAACUUCAAGAGAGAGAACAUAGAAGAGGCUGGUGAAGGAAUGAGUGUUUAUAGCUGCUAUAACUUAAGCGAUAACAGGAACUAGCUUGUUUCCCAGUUAUUCCACAACACUAAAUGUAGCUAUAAACAUUAAAAAGCAUGCUGCCUUGUUCAUUAAUUAGUUACUAAUUGUAAUCAUUUACAAAUUGCUGUGGUAUGUGCAGAACAACACACUCCGGGCCAUGCUGUUAUAGGAAAAGUAUCAUCUUUAAGGUGGAAACAGCGUGGAUUAUUUUCACGUCUUAUGUGUUAUUCUGUACUUAAAACCUACGUUAUGACGGCUAUAAACAUUCACACCCUCAUCAGCUUCUCUCACCACGUUCUUCAAAAGUUCAUAGAGGGGUUCUGCUAGGAAUUCUUCCUCACCGGGAAACCCUGUAUUGUUAUUAUUAUUAUUUUAUUUUUUUACAGUAGAACGUAGGCUGCACACGUGACGAUUGUUUACUGACAAACACUCGCUAGUAUUUCAGUUUAGACAAAUGGGACAUGAAGGUGCUAAUGUUUGUUUAACAAUCCACAAUAACUCUAAUGUGUGUAAAGUGUAAUCAUCAGAUCACACACACACACACACACACAGACACACGCCGUUUUUAAUUCACACGACGGAGGAAACUUGAAAUAAAUUCAGCACAAGUGAAUGUAGAUGAAUGAGAUGAAUGAGACGAGACUUGUUUACAAGACUUUUCGCUCAGGGUUAUUUUAAGCUGAAAAUAAACGAGAAAGAAUGUGAACUGUGUUGAUUUACUGUUUGAGAAGAAUGUGCAUUCAUUCCUUGUGCUAGUUUCUUUACAGGGGGGAAAAACUGUUCUCAUUUUUAAAGCAGUUCCCUGCUGUAAUUACGUGUGCGUGUGUGUUGUGGAUGUUGUCCGAGCGCGAGUGUAUUCAUGUUCAGAGCAGGCACAACGCUUUCUGACCUCACACCAGCCGAUGCAUGACGUUUGGACUUUCUCAUGAUUCUUAUUUGAAUGAGGUGAAUAAGGAUCUGCUUAUCGAACUCAUACAAUAAAGCAUCUUUUGCAUGUAAAGAAAGAUCUCUGUACUUCUGGAGUUUUAUAUGACAUUAUUUUCCUGUCUAAAGUCAAUCAUGUCUGAGUGAGAUUCUACAUUUUUUUUAACAAAUUAUUAGUCAGACAUUCUCUUUGUACUUUACACUUUACACUCUCAAUUUAUAGGCUUAUGGGCAGAAUUUUGGUUUGUAGCUGCAGCUCUACACAAACAUCCACUUUGGUUAUGCCUCUUCAACUGUUCCACUUGAAACUGUACAGAUUGUCUGCAGCUAUUUAAUAAAAUUUCAGUUUGGAAGUAUAUAUUUUUUAAAAAUGA